AAUACAGGGAGACCGUACGGUCGAAGACAGCAAAAUAACCUUCAGAACACAAAAAAUGAGUCUUUCUUUUCUGCCACACCCAACAACAGUCUCAGGAGUCAGGUCUGAGCAGCUGCACCACUGCACCAGGCUGCAGGCAAAAUAAUAAUAAUUAAUUAAUUAAUUAAGCCCCAACAACGAAAGGGUGAUUUGAUGCUUACCCAAAAAGCCUCACUCUCUCCUGAACACCCCGAAAAUGAACAAGAGAGGGUGAUAGGUGAGUGAAACCGGGUCUCUUUCUUUUUGGACUAUUGCUAUGCUUCAAAUAUCCCUCUCCCACUCUCACCACUCGCAUUACACCUUCUCUAUCUCCUAUGGCUGCCUUCAUUGAUCUCAACAGUGCCACCGAGGAUGAUGAAACGCCCUCGUCUGCUUCUGCUUCCGCUUCCGCUUCCUCCUCUGUGUGCUUGGAGCUCUGGCACGCCUGUGCGGGUCCCAUGAUUUCCCUGCCUAAGAAAGGGAGUCUUGUGGUUUACUUCCCGCAGGGACACGUGGAACAAUUUCGCCACUUUUCGCUUCCUGUAUCUGCGAACAUCCCCUCCCAUGUCUUCUGUCGUGUCCUCCAUGUCAACCUUAACGUGAGUGCCGAGGAAGGGAGCGAUGAAGUGUACUGCCAGGUGGUGUUGGUUCCCGAAACUGAGCAAGUGCAGCAGAAGUUACGGGAAGAGGGAAUGAAUGCUGCUGGUGAAGAGGAGGAUGCUGAAGCUGGGAUGAAGUCCACCACUCCACACAUGUUCUGCAAGACUCUCACUGCUUCCGAUACUAGCACUCAUGGGGGAUUCUCCGUGCCUCGUCGUGCUGCCGAAGAUUGCUUUCCUCCCCUGGAUUACAGUCAACAGAGACCUUCACAGGAGCUUGUGGCAAAGGAUCUGCAUGGCCAGGAAUGGAGGUUUCGUCAUAUUUACAGGGGGCAGCCACGAAGGCACUUGCUUACUACCGGGUGGAGUGCAUUUGUGAACAAGAAGAAACUUGUAUCUGGAGAUGCUGUCCUUUUUCUUAGGGGUGAAGAUGGCGAACUGAGGUUGGGAAUUCGUAGGGCUGCUCAAUUGAAAAGUGGCAUUACCUUUUCAUCUCUUCCCUGCCAGCAACUGAAUCUUGGCAGUCUUGUAGAAGUGGUUAAUGCUUUAUCCACAAGAUGUGCCUUUACCAUCCAUUAUAAUCCAAGGGUCAGCUCAUCUGAGUUCAUCAUACCUAUCCACAAAUUUUUAAAGAGCCUUGAUUAUUCUUAUUCAGUUGGAAUGAGGUUCAGGAUGCGUUUUGAAACUGAAGAUACUGCAGAGCGGAGAUUCACAGGAUUAAUUGUUGGAAUUACUGAUGUGGAUCCUGUCAGAUGGCCUGGAUCGAAAUGGAGAUGCCUAAUGGUAAGGUGGGAUGACUUAGAAGCCGCCAGGUAUAAUAGGGUUUCCCCAUGGGAGAUUGAGCCAUUUGGUUCUGCUUCUACAGCGAAUAACUUGAUGUCAGCUGGUUUGAAGAGGACCAAGAUUGGAUUGCCUUCAGCCAAGCUAGAAUUUCCAGUUCCCAAUGCAAUUGGAACAUCAGACUUUGGGGAAUCACUAAGAUUCCAGAAGGUCUUGCAAGGUCAAGAAAUUUUGGGUGUUAAUACUACUUUUGAUAGUAUUAAUGCUCAGAGUCACCAGCUAUCUGAUUUGAGGAGGUGCUAUCCAGGCUCAAUCUGUUCUAGGAUUGCUGCAACAGGAAAUAGCAUUGGAAUCCCCCAAGUGAGUUCCAAUGUUUCCUGCAAUGGCAUAGGCUUUGGUGAAUCUUUCAGAUUCCAGAAGGUCUUGCAAGGUCAAGAAAUACUUCCAAGCCAACCAUAUGGAAGAAGGGCCCUAUCUGUUGAUGAGGCUUGUGGUAAUGGUCGCUUUGGACUUUUUGAUGGUUACCAAGCGCUGAGAUCCAGAAAUGGAUGGUCUUCCCAUAUGAGUAACAAAUCUUCACAUUUGCAUUCACCUGUUCCAUCUGGGCAAGUUUCAUCUCCAUCAUCUGUGUUAAAGUUCCAGCAAGCUGUCAAUCCAGUUUCAAACUCAGAUUAUAUCAACAAAGUUAGUCAGGUGAUGGAAGGUAAAUUCCAUCAACUAGGUUCAUACACUUCUGAAGUGAAAGGUGGAAGUUUUGUAUCAACCCCCUAUAAGCCUCCUAUCUGUGGACUAGCCCAGGAAGGCACAAAUUGUUUUGGUCUUCCAAGCUUUCAUAAUCAGUUGGAUAGUUCACAUUCACACGAUUCCAUUUCAGUACUGAGAACCAGUCAAGAGUUGGUUCCCUCAUGUAAAAGUAGAUGCAGAGUCUUUGGCUUUUCAUUAACUGAGGCUAUUGCAAACAAAGAGGCUAUUGACCCAUCUGCAGUUACAUGCUCUGGACCUUCCUUUACAAGACAUGUUGAAGAUGAUUUCCCUCCAGGGCAUUCACUUAGGAGCAAGGCAGUGGGAAGUUAUUGCACCAAAGUAAGCAGCAAUCUUUAUCCUCCAAGAGACAUGGGCGUGCAACGUGCUGCAGUAUUGAUCUGAAAAUCAUGAUGUAUACUAGUAGUGACUCUGGCAUAAGGUAGCAGAAGAGAAUGUCCACAGUUGUUAUGAUUUGCGUUAGUAACUUGUGAUAUUGGAGACCAAAAUAUUGUUAUCUAUUCGCUUAAUUUAGAUGUUUGUUUUGUUAAGUGGGCUAUAACAACAUUCAAGUUCUUGUAUUUAUCCUUUAUGUACUCUUUGUUGACUUGUGUGGGGAACCAAUAUAGGAUGCAUGUUUUAUCCAUAGUUCUGGUCAUAUGCUGAACAAAGUAAAAGCCUGGUGGCAGUGCAACAUAAUCUUUCAUUUAUCUUGAAUUGGUCAUGAUUACAUUAGAGAGCAAUAGCUCUUUAUGUUUCAUGUCCUUAACGUUGUCCCCAUAUUUACUAACUUUUCCCUUUUUUGCUUUGUGUUA